GGAGAUACAGCCGGUGAUGGAGGUGUUUGUCGCCAGGGAGGCUGCUGCGCUCCUGCCGCAGGCCCCGGGCCCCUGAAGACCCGGCCUGGACCACAUUCGCCAAGGGAUGAGGACGCUACGUCCAGCUGGGACUCCCGUGGUGCACCGUGGUGCUUGACGCCUCGCCUCAUUCUCUCCCGGGGACCGCGCGCAGGGAGCGCCAUCAGUAACCCCGCCUGGUGAGCGCGCACCUGCUGCAUGGAACGGCUACAGAAGCAACCACUUACCUCCCCCGGGAGCGUGAGCUCCUCCCGCGACUCCAGUGUGCCCGGCUCUCCCUCCACCAUCGUGACCAAGAUGGACAAUCAGGUGCUGGGCUACAAGGACCUGGCGGCCAUCCCCAAGGACAAGGCCAUCCUGGACAUCGAGCGGCCUGACCUCAUGAUCUACGAGCCGCAUUUCACCUACUCCCUCCUGGAACACGUGGAACUGCCCAGGAGCCGCGAGCGCUCACUGUCGCCCAAGUCCACGUCGCCGCCGCCCUCCCCAGAGGUGUGGGCCGAGAGCCCCUCUGGGAUCCUCUCACACGCAGCAACGCCGAGAGCCACCGGGACGCCACGCACCAGCCUGCCCCACUUCCACCACCCUGAGACCACCCCCCCAGACUUCAACAUCUAUAAGAAACCGCCCAUCUACAAGCAGAGAGAGUCCCUGGGAGGCAGCCCUCAGAGCAAGCAUCUCAUUGAGGACCUCAUCAUCGAGUCAUCCAGGUUCCCUGCUGCCCAGCCCCCCGACCCCAACCAGCCAGCCAAGAUCGAGACGGACUACUGGCCAUGCCCCCCAUCGCUGGCCGUCGUGGAGACGGAAUGGAGGAAGCGGAAGGCAUCCCGGAGAGGGGCGGAAGAAGAGGAGGAAGAGGAGGAGGAUGACUCCGGAGAUGAGAUGAAGGCUCUCAGGGAGCGGCAGAAGGAAGAACUUAGUAAGGUGACCUCCAACCUGGGCAAGAUGAUCUUGAAAGAAGAGAUGGAGAAGUCGCUUCCCAUCAGGCGGAAGACUCGCUCUCUGCCGGACCGGACGCCCUUCCACAGCUCUUUGCACCCAGGAACAUCCAAGUCCUCCUCUCUGCCUGCUUACGGCAGGACCACCCUCAGCCGGCUACAGUCCACAGACUUCAGUCCCUCGGAGAGUGAUUCUGGAAGCUCAGGCCUGCAGAACGGAGAGGGCCAGAGGGGGAGGAUGGACCGGGGGAACUCCCUGCCCUGUGUACUGGAGCAGAAGAUCUACCCCUAUGAAAUGCUGAUGGUGACCAACAGAGGGCGCACCAAGCUGCCUCCCGGGGUGGAUCGCAUGCGGCUUGAGAGGCACCUAUCGGCCGAGGAUUUUUCCAGAGUCUUCGCCAUGUCUCCCGAGGAGUUCGGCAAGCUGGCCCUGUGGAAGCGCAAUGAGCUCAAGAAGAAGGCCUCGCUCUUCUGACCGUCCCUCUCGGCGCCCCUGCUUCCCCUUCUGUGGCCGACCCCUCCCUACUGCUGCAGGGCUCUGGAGCGGGGCGGGUGGGGGCACAGGGGAAGCGGAAAGCCAAAUCAGCCUCCUCUUGACUUGGAGCUGCGAGCACUGGGAAGUGGGGGCCCACGGGUGCUAGGCAGCCGUGGCUUUGGUUCCCAAGAGGAGUUGAGGGAGGCUGGGGGCCACCUUUCCUUCUCCGCGGUCCUUCCUCGCUGUCCAUCCAGGUCCAGACAAGCAGGGUACAACUCCGUACUCUGUCGCUGCCCCCAACUCCAACAUGAGGGUCCCCAGAGGAGGCCAGGAGGAUGAAGGAAGGGGGCCAGGUGUGCCAGCCAGCUGCCUGGAGCAGGGCCCAGUAGGACACUUUUGGCCAACAGGGAGGGCUCACUUCUCUCUCUCUCUCUCUCUCCCCUUUCCACGCGCGGAGCUCAGCUCUGCGGGACCCUGCCUGCCAGAGCUGGGGGCAGGUGGAGAGCAAUGCACUGGCAUUCCAGGCACUGUCCUGUCCUCCACUUGCAACCCCCGAGCUUCCAAGCCUCUGGCUGCAGACCCGGCUUCCCCGAGUGGAGACACCGUCUACCCAGAGCAUCCCCUCGCUGCUAGCACAGUGAGCUAGGACCCACUCCCAUCGCCUGCCCCGGACGACUCCGUCUCCUGGCAGCCAGAGUCCCCCCGCCCCCGGGAGUAGGUGCCAGCGGAACCUUGGCCUGCUGCUUGCCUUGGUGGGGGUUUAACAUGCCAGGCUGGGUGGGUCCCUUCUGAGGGUCCUGGCCGCCAGGGCCCACCGCCACUCCCAGGCGCCCCCUCCUCCUCCACUGCGCUCUCUAAAGAAUGUAAUUUAUUGGGGCACCCCCCGGCUGCUCUCCGCACCUCACUUUUGUGCCCUACCCACUCACACUCCGGCUUUCUCUCCAGAUCGUACGUGUAUAUAUAAUUAUAUAUAUAUAUAUAAUAUAUAUUUUCACCCAGGUCUGGCUUUGGUUCGUGCCCAGAUCCUGGCUGUUCCCUCUCCACUGCGUGUGUGACACUGCUGGCACGGGGACUGACUGUCUGCUUGGAAUUAAAAGGUUGCAUUGGGUCCCUAAA